UACAGUUGAAUGAUACUUAUUGUGGGGUAUUUGCGAGCACCAGUUACAUGGUUGUUACUAGGUGCCGCAGGGUUAUUACGCACUGUUAAGGUGGAGUGGAUACGUUUUCGAGGCAGUCAAGACCGAGCCACCACUGUAUAUACACGCUCUGGAAUAUAAGCCAACAAACCUUACUGUGUUGUUCCUGCCCUAUCUAGAGGACUUUAUUACACUGGCGACGAGGAUUUUCCGAUCCCUAUUUUGCGAUGCCGCACUUUGGGCACCUGGGCGAGUUCUCCGAAGCCAACAGGGCGGCGUGGGGCGAGUAUUGUGAGCGGCUGGAGCAGUACUUUCUGGCUAACAAGAUCGAGGACGCCGACGUUCAGAGAGCUGUGUUCUUGUCUUCUGUCGGGGAGGCUACGUACGGCACUUUACGUUCUCUGUGUAGUCCUCGUAAGCCUAAGGACAUAGUGCUGCAAGAGUUGUUAGAGACGCUUCAGAACCACUACGACCCGAAGCCUUCUAGUAUUGUGGCGCGUUUCCGGUUCAACAGUUGUAGAAAAUCUGGGACGGAGUCAGUGAGGGAUUAUGUUGCAAGGCUUCGAAUGUUAUCUGGCAACUGUCAGUACGGUGCCAUGUUAAACGAAAUGAUUCGUGACCGUCUCGUGUGUGGUGUGGAUGAUGAAGCCAUUCAGAGCAGAUUACUGGCUGAGGCAGACUUGACUCUCGACAAGGCAGUGAAUCUUGCGGUGGCCUUGGAAACUGCUGCGUGUAAUACUCAUGAACUGAAGCAGUUUAGUGCGCCACUUCUGACUACUGAGCAGCCACCAGCGGUGAGCUGGGUGGGGCAAAGCGAAACGCCUCGACCGAGGAAUAGAGUGAAACAUUACAGUGACCGGCCGAAACAGUUCUCGAAGUGCUUCAGAUGCCUAAGUGACAGACACAGCAACGUAAAUUGUCCAUUUAAACUUCGGCGGUGCUUCGAAUGUAACAAAGUGGGUCAUACUAGAGCGGCACAUAAGGCCGGUACAGUGUCUGUUGUAGAGGGUUCUGGAACAACCGCGGUGGCCGAGCCUUCCCAUGACGCUGGAACUGAUGGUGAAACAGAUGAGGUGUACAGCUUGUUUAACGUCACUCAGGCUGGUGCUGGGUCGGAGUUUCACCCACCUCUACUAUUGGCCGUGAAGCUUCAGGGACGGGACACUCACAUGGAGGUUGACACUGGAGCUUCAUGUUCUGUUAUGGGCGAAACACUCUUCCGUGAACUUUGUGGCCAGCAUUUUCCUCUUGGAGUUUCGGAUCGUGUGUUUCGAACCUACACAGGAGAGAAGAUCAAGGUACUCGGAGUGGCUGAUGUGGACGUCGCUUGCCAGGGUAAGGUGACUAGGAAAUUACCGCUAGUUAUCGUUAGAGGCCAUGGAAAAGGCUUAAUUGGUCGAAAUUGGCUGAAGGAAACCAAGAUGAAUUGGACCGCCUUGUUGUGUGGUGAAACUCUACAAAUUACUGAGAAAGGCGAGGACUACAGUAAUGUGUUUAAUGAAGAACUUGGAUGCUUCAUUGGUGGGAAGGCCCAUUUAUUCAUCGACAAGGAUGUAAGGCCACGCUUCUUCAAGGCUCGUCCGAUACCGCUCUCACUCCAAGACAAAGUGGACAAGGAACUAACUCGGUUGGAAAACGAGGGUGUUAUAGAAUCUGUGAAGUUUAGUGAGUGGGCAGCCCCUCUUGUUGUUGUCCCUAAGCCCUCAGGGGACGUGCGAUUAUGUGGUGAUUUCAAACUGACCGUAAACAAGGCUGCUGCGUUGGAACAGUAUCCGCUUCCUCGAGUGGAAGAAUUAUUCGCUUCACUCUCGGGAUGUUGUGUCUUUAGUAAAUUAGACAUGAGCCAUGCUUACAACCAGAUAGAAUUAGACAAAGAAUCCCAGAAGUAUGUCGUUGUUAAUACUCCCAGAGGUCUGAAAAGGUAUAAAAGAUUAGCUUUUGGUAUCCAUUCUGCAGUAGCUAUCUUCCAAAAAAUAUUGUCAACCUUGCUUGCUGGAUUGCCUCAGGUAACAGUGUUCCUGGAUGACGUGGUGGUGGGAGGUAAAAAUCAAGAAGAGCACGAUACUUUACUGAAAGAGGUUCUUCGACGGAUGUGCCAUGCUGGUCUGCGCCUAAAUAAGAAGAAAUGCCAACUUCGACUGUCUCAAGUUACUUAUUUGGGACACAACAUAAGUGAGCGUGGUAUAGAACCAACUGAUGAGAAGACCAAGGCGAUAUUGGAUGCUCCGCCACCUGAGGAUAAGAAGUCCCUGAGGGCUUGGCUGGGCCUUUUAAACUAUUACACUAUGCCCCGAACGGUGCCAAUUCCUGCUGAGAUGCUGCACAUGAUGGAACUGAUGGCUUCGGGACCUGUUUCUCAAGUUCAGGUCCGGGAGUGGACUCAUCGAGAUCCUGUGCUGUCUUCUGUGCUGAGGUUUGUGCGUGACGGUUGGCCUCGGGAUCUUUCUGGCUAUCCACCUGACAUCGCUACCUACAAGAACAGGGAGUGUGAGUUAAGUGUGCAAGAUGGAUGUUUGUUUUGGGGAAGCAGGAUAGUAAUUCCUCCGCAGGGCAGAGAUGACGUCUUAAAGGAGCUACAUGAAGGACAUUUUGGAGCAUCGAAGAUGAAAAGCAGAGCCAGGGCUUAUUUUUGGUGGCCGGGGCUGGAUCAUGCCGUGGAGAGUAUGGUCGGGAACUGCAGAGUUUGCCAGGAGCAGAGACCAAAGGAUCCACCUAGUGACCUUCGGCCUUGGGGUUGGCCCCAACGUCCUUGGAGUCGCCUGCAUUUAGACUACUGUGGGCCUGUGGAAGGACAGUUGUGGCUGCUUUUAGUGGAUGCGCACAGUAAGUGGCUGGAGGUACACAAAACCUCUUCCUCUUCUGCAAACAUAACGAUUGAGAAGCUUAGAAAAUCAUUCUCUAGUUUUGGUAUCCCCGAUACAGUAGUUAGUGAUAACGCAAGUUGCUUUGUUUGCCCCGAGUUCCAAGGUUUCUGCAACGCUAAUGGCAUCAAGCACAUCACAUCCCCUCCGUGGUCUCCGAAAAGUAACGGUCUGGUGGAGCGGGCUGUACAAACCUUCAAACAGGGCUUGAGGAAGCAAGAAGGGGGCAGUCUGGAUACAAGAGUCUCACGCUUCCUCUUCAAUUACAGGUCUAGCCCUCACAGCGUGACCGGGGUAAGCCCGGCAGAAUUGAUGUUUGGUCGCCCAAUGACAACGCCGUUGGAUCAUCUGAGGAAGGACUACCGGAGAGAGAGGGUGGAGCGUUACCAGUGGAGACAAAAGGAACAAUACGAUCGGCACGCCUGCUCGAAGUCGUUUGUUGAGGGUGAUCUGGUCUAUGUGUUUGCGAUGCCAAAGACAACAGGAGGAGCGAAAUGGAUGCCCGCAGUAGUGGUGGGAUGUGCUGGUUGCUCGUGUAAUGUGAGACUGGACGAUGGGAGAGAAUUCCGAAGACACACUGACCAUAUUCGACGUAGAACUUCCGAAGGAUCGGCCGUCGUAAGGAAUUGGUUGCCGCCACAGACUCCUUCAGACACGGACACUUCUUUAUCUCCGACAGAACACACUUCGUCGCUGCCUGAACAGACUCCAUCUGAGACUUCUGUCCGACAACGAACUGGAGAAUCAAGGGAACCCGGAGAUUCAGAUAAAGAAACAACCCGGGGUGUUACUGAGCCCGCUGUGGAUAACUCUCCAUCGGCUACCGAACAGUCUUCACAAUCCAGUCGCCAACAUGAGCCACCAAGGCUUGCCCAGGAGGACCAGUUACCAAGACCGCUGUUACGACGCUCGUCGAGAAUUUCUGUUAAGCCUAAUAGAUAUGGGUAUACUUAAUAAAAUUGUUAAUUAGGGUUUUGAUGUAACUAUGGAUAACUUUAACUAAGGUGAAGGGAUGUUAUACAGUUGAAUGAUACUUAUUGUGGGGUAUUUGCGAGCACCAGUUACAUGGUUGUUACUAGGUGCCGCAGGGUUAUUACGCACUGUUAAGGUGGAGUGGAUACGUUUUCGAGGCAGUCAAGACCGAGCCACCACUGUAUAUACACGCUCUGGAAUAUAAGCCAACAAACCUUACUGUGUUGUUCCUGCCCUAUCUAGAGGAC